GUCACUUUCAAAUUCCCAAAGGUCUGUCUGAGUUGUGCAUGCGAAUCCUGACCGGGACCUUUCUUUUGCUGUUUCCAUACGAUGGGCUGGCAGAAAACCUUUUCGCUUUCACAAAGAUCCAAGGGAUGUCAUCUUGUCACGGAUGAGGUUUACGCCCAUAUCACACCAGGUAUCAAGGACGUGAAGGUUGGGAUGCUCUUCCUCUUCAUCCAACACACGUCAGCCGCGCUGACGAUCAAUGAAAAUUAUGAUCGAGAUAUGGACAUGGCUCUGGAUAACAUCGUUCCCGAGAGUCUUAACUGGAUGCACACGGACGAAGGCCCAGACGUAUCUCACACGAAGACAUCCUUGAUCGGUGCUACUAUCUCGAUCCCAAUUACCGAUGGCCGUCUGAACCUCGGCACCUGGCAAGGGAUCUACUUGACCGAAUUCAGACACGCAGCACAUUCUAGGCGGAUCGUUGCCACAGUUUUGUAAAUCAUAAGUUGUUGGCAACAUAUAUAUGGAGCAAUUGCAGAUAUUCCACAGUGAUUAUAAAGACCUAUCGCACUAGAUCCUGGUUACAUACGUGCUUUUUUAUCCCUUGUGGGUGAUUUGGACAAACUUCGAUUGGCUCAAAUCGAAAGACUGCCUAAACCGAUUGGAAUCUAUUAUGAUCUACAUAGUCA